ACUAGCGCCAUUCUUCGAAUCGUCUAUUUAGGGCUGACGUGGCUGGGGUGUACGAGUACUGUGAAGAAGUCAUGAAAUCUGCCUGUAUGAAGUAGCAGUCAUGAAACGCUUCAUAUGUGUAUCUGUGUUAUUAUUCCUGUGUUUCCAGCGCACGGAGAGCGACGAGCAUGAUCACCAGUAUAAAGACAACGAAGAGGUUGUGCUAUGGAUGAACACCGUGGGGCCGUACCACAACCGGCAAGAGACGUACGCCUAUUUCUCGCUACCCUUCUGUAGCGGCACCAAGCCCUCGAUCAGCCACUACCAUGAAACUCUGGGGGAGGCGCUCUUGGGCGUGGAACUUGAGUUCAGCGGCCUGGACAUCUUAUUCAAAGCACCUGUUGCGAAGAUGCCGUACUGCGAAAUCACCUUGGACGAGAGAAACCUACAGGAUCUCACUUACGCUGUUAGGAAUCACUACUGGUACCAGAUGUAUAUUGAUGGACUGCCUAUCUGGGGCAUUGUGGGGGAGCAUGACGAAUCCGAUAACAGCUUUUACUUGUGGACGCACAAAAAGUUUGACAUCGGCUACAAUGGCAACCGCAUCAUGGAUGUUAACCUGACCAGUGAAGUGAAAACCAAGCUUGUUCUACAUCAGAAGAUCACCUUCACCUAUGAGGUUAAUUGGAAGGUGUCUCAUCAACGAUUUGAGGACAGGUUUGACAAGUAUCUGGAUCCAAGUUUCUUCCAGCACAGGAUCCACUGGUUCUCCAUCUUCAACUCGUUCAUGAUGGUGAUCUUCCUGGUGGGUCUGGUGAGCAUGAUCCUGAUGCGCACCCUGCGCAAGGACUACGCCCGCUACAGCAAGGACGAGGAGAUGGAUGACAUGGAGCGCGACCUGGGCGACGAGUAUGGCUGGAAGCAGGUGCACGGGGACGUGUUCCGGCCGCCUUCGCACGCCCUCCUCUUCUCCGCCCUGGUGGGCACGGGCCACCAGAUCGCCACGGUGGUGCUGUGUGUCAUCCUCUUCGCCAUCAUGGGGGAGCUGUACACAGAGAGGGGCUCCCUUUUGAGCACGGCCAUCUUCGUCUACGCUGCCACGUCGCCAAUCAAUGGCUACUUUGGGGGGAGCCUCUACGGCCGGAUGGGAGGGAAGCAGUGGAUCAAGCAGAUGCUCAUGAGUGCCUUCAUUCUUCCGGCACUUGUGUGUGGUACUGCCUUUGUCAUCAACUUCAUUGCCAUCUACUACCAUGCUUCUAGGGCCAUUCCUUUUGGCACCAUGGUGGCGGUGACCUGCAUCUGCCUCUUCAUCAUCCUACCGCUGACGCUGGUGGGCACGGUGCUGGGGCGCAACCUGGCAGGCCAGCCCAACUACCCGUGCCGCAUCAACGCCGUGCCGCGCCCCAUUCCUGAGAAGAAGUGGUUCAUGGAGCCGUCGGUCAUCGUGGUCCUCGGAGGCAUCCUGCCCUUCGGCUCCAUCUUCAUCGAAAUGUACUUCAUCUUCACUUCCUUCUGGGCCUACAAGAUCUACUAUGUGUAUGGCUUCAUGCUGCUGGUGUUCCUGAUCCUGACCAUUGUCACGGUGUGCGUCACCAUUGUGUGCACCUACUUCCUGCUAAAUGCGGAGGAUUACCGAUGGCAGUGGACAAGUUUUCUUUCGGGUGCUUCGACUGCGGGAUACGUCUACCUUUACUCCUUCUACUAUUAUUUCUUCAAAACAAAAAUGUACGGCUUGUUUCAAACCGUGUUUUAUUUUGGCUACAUGGCCCUCUUCAGCUUCACUCUGGGAGCCUUAUGUGGUACGUUUGGGUACAUCGGUACAAGUGUGUUUGUCCGGAAGAUUUACUCUACCGUCAAGAUAGACUGAAAAAAAAAAAAGAAGGUGGAGAAGCUUCAUUGUUUCCUAGUUCAGGAACUGCAGUGCACAAAAGUGAGGCGUGUGCCAUCCAGUUUUUUCAUGUCGCCACCUGUGUUUAGGAGAGGUCGAACUUCCGUGGCAAGCUGCAUUGCCCGUUUCUGGAUUCCUUGCUUGUGUGUUCUUUUGGGGGGGUUCUUUUUCAACUUGUUCGUUAUUGAGGAAAAAGAAGCCCAAGCCUGCUUUUCUUGUUGAGUCAGUCAGAAAGGCAGUUAUUCACUUGUGAGGUCGUACAUGUGGAUGGGAGCUCGAGAGCUGUGUUUUGGAAAGCUCAAAUGUGUUCUUCUCUCGUCAAAAGUUGCAAUCUUUUUUUCUUUCUUUUCUAGAAGCUUCGCUAUUUGACCAAAGUUGGUUACCUUGAAAUAGGCUUCUUGUUUUAUCUUUGAUUUUAUUUAUAUCCCGUUUCCAGUUGAAUUGGAAAAAAUACAAGGUGUUUGAAUGCACUUUAAAGCUUGUCUGUAUGAUUCGAAAUAUUUUUUUUUAGUAUGUAUGUCUGGUAUGUAUUGAUUUUGCGUUUAUUCUCGAACAGCGUUGUGUAGCAGUCUCCCAGUUCCCGCUGGCGUGCAUUUGUGGCAUGUCUUGCGAGCUUUACGUUGAGGGAAUUUUGGGGCAAAUGACUUCUUGUACAUACACAUGUGCAGUCAGCUUGCAUCAUAUUGAUGAAAGCAUUGGAAACACUCUGCACAACGUAUGCGUGCUGUGGAAAUAACUUUUUGGUGUAACUGAGUGAACCUUGUACCUUUUUUUGUUGUUGUAAAGGGAAUCUUGAUUCACUCUAGUAUGUGUAUAUAGUAUUGAUCAUCGCUCCCUGAAAGAUAAACAAGAUUUCUGUGUGCAAUGAAAGUGUAUGUUGAACUAGCACGAAUUAAACCGAAGUGAUUUCAAGUA